GGGACGGUAGAAUGCAAAUUUAAAAUGAAGUUUCACUUGCUAAAAUUAGAAUAAAAAAUAACCCCGGUAGUAGAAUCUUCCCUUUUAUUCCAUUCUGUGUGCUCCUGAGAAGAACUGACGCCUGCUGAAGGCUGGAGCCUGUUCCUGGAGGAGCCCACAUCAGAGCUCAGCGAGGAUGGCUUGUCACUGUUCUGUGUGGCAUCGCUGGGGUGACUUGACUGGAGCAGGAGGAUUCUACUUCCACUAUGACUCCAAAUCUCCUUCCAUCAUGGCGCACCACAUGGCUGGCUGCCUGGUGCUGGCCUACGUCCUAAGGCCUUGGUCUGGAAACCGGCAUCGCAGCACUACUGCCAUAUUCCAUUAGUUUCAAGGAAAGUGGACAUAAACUCCCACCUCUCAAUGGGAGGAGUGUCAAGUAAUUCUGGGGGCAUGUUUUAAAGUGUCACACUACCCUUAAAAGAAAUCUAUUCCAGCAGAUUUUCUCUUUGUCGUGGACAUCACAGACAGGGAGAUGAGACCAGCACUUCUCCCACUGCCUACCAUACAACCAGCCCAGGAGAGGACAGGCCACAGCAGAGUCAGAAUGUUUUCAAUAGUACAGAAUGAGACAAUGUUCAAUGAAACCUGUUUGAAUCACUUCAGGGAAAAUAAGGUGGAGAUAGCAAGUGGAAUAACAAAGCCGUUUCCUUUCCUUGAGAGCCUCCGAGACCGCUCUUUCAUCACAGAAAAAUUGUGUAAUGAUUCUCAAGAAGCCUGUAAAAACUUGGUCCCUUUAGGGAAGGUGGUGUAUCAUAUUCUCUGCCACCUUGAGAAGACGUUUGAUAGAUCACUUCUACAAGCCAUAUUCAGCAGGACUCAUCUGAAGGAGUAUCCUAAUUUAAUUCAGGUUCAUAGAAGCUUUGAAAAUGUGAUCCAAGAGAAAUAUUUCUCCCAAGAAAGUGAUAGAGAAGAGACACAAAUACUGCCCAACACUCAGCUAAGCUGUGAACAAGGGGCAGAGCUGUCUAAAUCCAAAAAUCAAGUACAAUCUGGUGCUGUGACUCUGGUGGAUGCGCAGGAGACAAUUUCACCUUGUCUCCCCCAAAUGGACCAAGAAGUCCAGCAAGCAAGGCCAGCAUGUGACCAAGCUCCUGAAAUGAUCGUGAUCAGCAGUGAAUCCAGUGCAGAGGGAGUGCCUUUGGAAGCCUAGAGCCAGCGCCAAGAUGAGGGCUGGGUGAGGAGGGUGAAAAUGGCCAGCCUGGGGCUGCAGAGCAUCAGGCGUCUGGAUGCAGAGCUCCUGUUUUUCCAUGCAUUUUACCUUGAGUGCACUUCACAGCCAAUGGUCCACUUAACACUGGGAACCCCUUCUCUGCAUUUGCAUCAUGUGGCACUUUGGGAAGUGUGGGAGGCAAGGCCAUAUCCAUUGAAUACGUGUGUUCGUAUACUGAUGUUAGAAUAUUUGGCCUUUGUCCCUAGUUCCCGGCACAGAGCUCCCCAAACCCUUAGAACACUACCUAAUGAGUGUCUUUAAAAAACCAACUACUUGAUUAGAGAAUUAGAGCUUUCGGCUCCAUCCAUUGACCUCUGGGGAGAAAAGAAGGGUGAAAACUUAAGUUCAGUCACCAGUGGCCGAUGAUUUAAUCAAUCAUGUCUGUAUAAUGAAACCUUGAUUAAAACCCCUACGUGACAGGGCUCAGGGAGCCUCUGAGUUGGUGAGCACAUUGGUGUGCUGGAGAGGCAUGGAAGGUCCGAGGCCCCCCCCACCCCAAACCCUGUGCAUCUCUUCCAUUUGGCUGUUCCUGA